AAAUUAUUUCUUACAAAGCAUUGACUUCCUGCUAACAUGGCGGUCAAUCUAAAAGCAGACUGCAAAAUAGUGUUUACUGUAUUAUUCUAAGCUUCUGUAUUACAUUCGCUGAUAGAAAAGAAGAAAUGAAGUGCACAAUUCCAGGAGUUAAUCUCAAAGUGUUUGGAAGGGCGAUACAUUCGUUAUCAAAAAUUGGGGAAGAGCUGUACAUCGAACCUCUUGAGCAAGGUUUGGCACUCAAAACGGUAAAUUCCUCAAGAUCAGCAUAUGCCUGCUUCUUGUUUUUCCCGUCUUACUUUCAACACUAUGAUGAUGGAUCACGACAUGGAACAGGAGAUACUGAUGAAAAUAACCUACGUUGCAAGCUUACCAUGAAGUCUAUAUUGACAGUGUUCAAAAGCCUUUCCAGUAUUGAGAAGUCAGUAGAACAAUGCAAGAUAUCUCAUAAUGCCAGUGAAGCUAGAUUGGUGUUCCAGCUGUACUGCAGACAUGGGAUUGUUAAGACUCACAAUCUUGCCUACACAGAGUGUGAAACACUUCAGGCAAUAUAUUCUAAAGAUGCCUGCCCCAACAAACUUACAGCACCAGCAAAACUCCUAUGUGAGGUUGUAGUCAAUUUCCAGAACACUCAAGAAGAAGUGACUCUGUGUGUUCAACCAGACAGUAUCUCCCUCAAAAACUAUGUUGAUGAUGAGCCAGACCCCGCCAAAGUAGUGCACACAGAACUGAGCCUAAUGCCUGAGGAAUUUGAUCGCUAUCAGAUAGGUGUUAACACAGACAUAACUUUCUGCCUGAAGGAACUCAGGGCUAUUCUAGCAUUUGGAGAGACAACUGGGCUACCUCUAAAUAUUCACUUUGAGUCAGCAGGCAGGCCUAUAACUUUCUGCAUUGACAGUGAUCAGACAUUUGAAGCUAGCUUUGUUUUGGCCACACUAAUAGAGACAGAUCAGGGCUCCUCACAGCAGCAACAGCCAGCCUCCACCUCCAAAAAAAACAGCAAAACAUCUGUUCCUCAUCAAGCAAAGAGUGCAGCAAGACCUAAUACAAAAUCCUUCAGUCUUUCAACCAAGAGAAAAUCAUCUUCAUCCCAUAACCAUCACAAAACAAGGGAAGAUGACUGCAGAUUGUCUACCUCCCACAAACAGCCUAUGGACCAGGAAGCAACAGAUAGCAUGUUAGCGGAGGUAUCAACCUUUCUUGAAGAUGAAUGGGAAGAAGAGGAAAGUAACCUUGGAAACAAAAUUACUGGAUCAUGCCCAGCAUUUGAAAAGAAUGAUUCCAGUCCAGUCAUACCACUACAGAUCACAUCAUUAACCUCCAAGCCAAGACAAGACUGUUUACAGCCUUUAGAGGAGGAGGAUGGCAAUGAGGAUUUAAAUGACACCAUACCUGGAACGCCACCUGCCAAAAAGGUAAGAGCUGUGCUAAUAUACAUAAACAAUAAAUACGUGUCAUUGUACUUAACUCAGUCUUUUGAUUAUAGUUAUAUUUUCCCUUUACCAGUGGUUGUUUACUUUCCACAAAGGAGGAAAAUAGUGUAGCAUGGAAAAAAUAUUGCGACCUGUAUAAAUAUUAUGUUAUUGUGAAUGGCAAAGCUAAAAUACAUUUUCUAAUUGUUUCAGUUCCGUGCCUUGUUUUUUGGAUCUUCGCAAACCAGUACCCAGUCCCAACAAAAAACUGCACCAGUUGUCUUGGCAGCAGACACAGAUGAAGAAGACUAAACAGCAAACUAAAAUGCACGAAAGUAUAGCUACUAAGACAGCAAAGAACACUUUUUCAUGGAAGAGGCAAAUCAAAAAAUUUACAUGACUGAUAAAAUCGACUAUGCAGAAACUGAGGAGCUUCAUUAAUUAUAUUUUACGCUCUGGCCAUUCUAUCGCACACGGUACAUUAAACCCUACCCCCCCCCCCCCCAAAAAUAAUCCUCCACCAGAUUGUAUUUUUGUGUCCAAAAGUAUUAUCUUUCUGUAAAAUAAAAAUUACACAAUGAUUUAUGUAAAAUGUUUUUCUUAAAAUAUGCUGCAAAUGUAAAUAUAGGAUCUAACCAUGCCAAACAGUUAAGUAAAGCAUUCUGUUGUAUUUUGUCAUUGAAACCUUUCAACAGCAUGAAAAGGAAUCAUCAUUCACUACUAAUUACAUUAAUGUCAUUUUUUUUUAAAAACCAUUAACAGCAGAUAACUGGGUCAUAAAGCUCCCAAAUGCGCUUACACAAAGCAAAAAAAAAAAAAA